AUGGCUUUCCUCCCUGGAAACUCCUCCGAGUGCUCCAACUGCACCCACUUUGUGGAGCCCGUGAACAUUUCCAAGGCCAUCUUACUGGGUAUUAUUCUAGGGGGGCUGAUUGUUUUUGGGGUUUUGGGUAAUAUCCUCGUUAUCCUGUCCGUAGCCUGCCACAGACACCUCCAGAGUGUCACCCACUACUACAUCAUCAACCUGGCUGUGGCUGACCUCCUCCUGACUUCUACCGUCCUGCCCUUCUCAGCCACCAUGGAGAUUUUGGGCUACUGGGUCUUUGGGAGGAUCUUCUGCAACAUCUGGGCAGCUGUUGACGUGCUUUGCUGUACGGCUUCCAUCAUGAGCCUCUGCAUCAUCUCCAUCGACCGAUACAUCGGGGUGAGCUACCCACUGAGGUACCCCAGCAUAGUGACAGAGAGGAGGGGCCUCCUGGCCCUGCUGUGUGUCUGGGCACUGUCCCUGGUCAUCUCCAUCGGGCCCCUUUUUGGCUGGAAGGAGCCAGCCCCGGAGGAUGAGACCAUCUGCCAGAUCACCGAGGAGCCCGGCUACGUCUUGUUCUCAGCGCUGGGCUCCUUCUACCUCCCCCUCAUCAUCAUCCUCGUCAUGUACUGCAGGGUCUACGUGGUGGCCAAAAGGGAAAACAAAGGGUUGAGCUCUGGGAUGAAGACAGAGAAGUCCCAUUCUGAGGAGGUGACCCUCCGUAUCCACCGCAAAAACGCUCCCGGUGCCAGCGGCUCCGCGCCCAACCCCAAGAGCAAGCACCACUUCUCUGUGCGCCUGCUCAAGUUCUCCAGGGAAAAGAAAGCUGCCAAGACCCUGGGAAUAGUUGUAGGAUGUUUCGUUCUCUGCUGGCUCCCGUUUUUUGUAGUAAUGCCUCUUGGUUCUUUCUUUCCUGCAAUCAAACCCCCGGACACACUUUUUAAAAUAACAUUUUGGCUGGGAUAUUUAAACAGCUGCAUCAACCCCAUCAUCUAUCCAUGCUCAAGUCAAGAGUUCAAGAAAGCGUUCCAGAAUGUCCUGAAAGCUCAGUGCCUCCUGAGGAAGCAGCCAGCAAAGAAGCAAGCCCCCAGCUUCAACCUCAACCAUCCUGCUGGCCAGAGCAUGGAGAGUGGCAAAAGGGUGGUCAGGAUCCCUGUGGGAUCGGGAGAAACCUUCUACAAGAUUUCCAAGGCAGACGGGGUCUGCGAGUGGAAGAUCUUCUCCGCCGCGCCCACCAAAAACUCCGCUUCCAAAGACUGCACGGCUGCCAAAGCCAAGAGCAAAGGGUUCCUGCAGGAAUGCUGCUGUGCAGGCACUGCAGGGAGCCUGGCCCAUGAGAACUGCAAAGUGCCAACCAUUAAAAUCCACUCCAUCUCCCUGAGUGAGGCCGGGGAGGAUGUGUAA